UAUAUAAUAUAUUUACUGGUGGGCGGCCAGCGGGCGGGCCGGUCAGAGACAGGAGGCGGGCCGGCGUUUGCCCAGGUCUGAUUUAGAUGAAACCAAAGUCAGUCAUUAAAAGCUGUCAGAACACACCACCAGUCACACAAACAGUCACUGACAAGUGUUCUUUCAUUCAACACACAACAAACAUCUGCCUGUGGGCUUCACGAUAGUAUAUUGAAAGCUGACCAAGUAGUUUUUUUACUCGCUUUUUUUCUCUUUUUUUCACACUUUUCAUAUUUAUUCUUUUCUUUUAUGUUUGAGAGUUUCUUUUUUCUCUUGGGGUCAAAUACAGGUCAGGCAACAUUACAAAAUUUAAUGAGGAGAAUCGAUGGGUGUAGGUAGUCCUCUCAGGAAUCACGCAGCUAGCACAGUUGGUGACAUGUCAGAUGGCCUGGCAGGUUUUACUUGAGUGUAUCUUUCAUCACUCGAGAAAAAUCAAGCUGACCCAGGAUCGAGUGUGGGUUAAAUAAUCUUCGUCAGGCGAUGUGAAUGUGUUCACUGUCGCUCUUUGGCAACAUUUGAAAAGCAGCUUGAACUAGAGGAGACAUGGAAAGGUUGUGAGGACAGCAAGAUCCAAAAAGACUUCUAGACUUAACUGCUCAACAUGGAAAAGGACGAGCUUCAAGAUUUGCAGACCAAUCACUCUGACGAUAAAAGUACAGAGGAUCACCAUGGCAACGAGGAGUACGCAGUGUGUGGAGCAGGUUCCUGUAGGCCUUCUUUCAUGCAGCGAUGCGCGAGGAUCGGGUGUUUCACCUUGUUGGUCAGCCUGACAACCUUGACCACGUCCACCCUGAACACGUACCUCAACUCGCAGGUCACCACGCUCGAGCGACAGUUCGGCCUCAGCAGCUCCAUCAGCGGCAUGAUCUUGAGCUGCAACGAGCUUGGUUACCUGUUGACCAUUCUGCCCUUCUCUCACCUGGCGCGGCGGCUGCACGUUCCCCGGGCUCUCGCCGUCACCACCAUGAUGUUCGGCCUCGCCGGCCUCGUGUGUACCAUCCCCUUCCUCGCCUCCAGAAACAGUCUCUUAGCUGCCACGUGGUCUCUGAAGGAUCUGAACGCCUCCCAGAGCGAUGUCUCCAGCAGCUACAUCGUGCCUCUGUGUGCAGACGACAGUUUUGAGCGCUCCCUUGAUGACAACCUUUCCCUCACGAGCAACAUGUCGUACGGGAGAGAUUCUUGUAUAGCGGAAAAUUCGAGAAAGAAGGCGGCUGUUUCAGAAGACUGGAAGGGCCUGGCUGUCGCGUUCCUAACCAUUGGGAUGAUUCUUCAAGGCUGUGCCAAGUCUCCUCGCACUGUGUUCACAUGCGUGUACAUUGAUGACAAUGUGCUUAAAACUGAGAGCUCACUCCAUAUGGGAAUCGUUGGAAGCAUCACUCUUUUCGGACCUGUUCUUGCCUAUGUCCUGGGAGGAGUUUUCACAAGACUAUACAUCACACUGGAAGACACUGGCUUGUCCCCCCUUGACCCUCGCUGGAUAGGAGCCUGGUGGCUUGGCUUUCUCGUCUUCGGCAUCACAAGCAUCGUCACCGCUCUUCCCCUGGUUUUCUUUCCACGACGACUUCGACCACAGCCCCACCUGGCGGCUCUGAAAGAAGAGCGGAAGCGUGCAGCUAAGGGCAGACAAUGCACAUAUGGCAUCAUAGAAUUCCUACGAAGUGUGAUGCGCGUGCUGAUGACCCCUGUCUACACCCUUGUGGUGCUUGGAUUGUGUUGCCUGGUGUUGGGACAAACCGGGUUGUAUGCAUUUCUACCCAAGUACCUUGAGACCCAGUUCUUCCUGCCCACGUGGAAGGCCAACGUUACGAUCGGCCUUGUCAACCUAAUGGCGAUGUCACUCGGCACGCUGAUUGGCGGUUACGUCACGUCACGCUUCAAGUUUCCGCCAAUGACGUGCUUGAAGGUGAUGGUGAUCCUCAAUGCAGUUUGCACUUGCAUUUCUGUAAGCGGCUUUGUCCUUGGUUGUGACCAGCCGCACAUUGACACUGGCGUGACGUCACACAGUGUGAUGAACACAACACAGCGAUGUCAGUCGAGCUGUCAGUGCGAUGACUCGCGUUACUUCCCAACGUGCGGCGCAGACGGCGUGACUUACUUCUCGCCAUGUCACGCGGGAUGCUCCGAGACCAGAGGGACUUUCUACGGGAACUGCUCAUGCAUAGAAAUGCCCAAGAAGACAUCACAACCUGUCCCAGAGGCUGUUCCUGGACUGUGCGCCCAGAGCUGCACCACGUUCUAUCCAUACGUGGCCAUCAGCUUCUUCUUAGAACUGCUCGGAGCGAUGAGUAUUCUGCCAUGUUUCAUCGUCGUAAUCAGGAGUAUUGCAGAAGUUGACAAGCCAGUUGCCAUUGGACUUUACAGCUUUUUAUACACUAUCCUGGGCUGGUUUCCUGCCCCUGUCCUGUACGGCCAAGUUGUGGACACCACGUGUCUGCUGUGGAGUUCCGGGUGCGCGGGUAGA